GGGCAGCCGCCGCUCCAUGUGGCUUGUAAGGCGGGCCGGACGGAAGUAGUGCGUGUGCUACUUGAACACGGCACUGCGGUGGUGGCAAUGCACCGGGAUAGCCGCGGGAAGUCGGCGCUCGAUCUCGCCGCUGCUGCUGGCUCGGUGGAGGUGGUGCGGCUGUUCCUAGAGACCGGAUUCCAUGUGCGCCUGUGGGGCAGUGAGGAGCAGACAAGGUAUCCGCUGCACAUUGCGUGUGUAAGGAAUGAUGCAGAAGUGGUUAGGGAGCUCCUUAGGUAUUGGGCGGAU